AUGGCUGGUAAAGGAAGAUCUACGAAAAAUUCUAAUAGCGAUGCUCUACGAUGUGAAAAGGAAUCAACAGAUGUUCAGUGUGUUUGUUGUGGGAUUUCGUUUGCUGUCGGCAUGACUGAGGAAUCGUUAGAACUAUUGAAGGCAUGUGAUAACGUCAAAUUUGUGUGUGAUGAGUGCUUGAAGUCACCAUCAAUAAAGGAUCAGAUCAUCAAAACAGUUGAGAGUGGAAAAGCUGAGAUAUGUGACAAGAUAAACAGCUUAAGUAAAGAGAUUAGAUCAGAAAUCGAUGCAAUCAAGGUAUUACAUACUAACCUACUUAUAGAACAUUUCACAUUUCACCCCUCUGCUUUCGACAUCAAAUGCAUGUUCAACUUUGAUUACUUGCAAGAUUAA